AUGCUCAGGUAAGAGAGCACGGUAGGAGUGUGGAAUACUGCUGUUGCUUCAGUACUGGAUCCAGUCUGUAGUAGUUAGUAGGAUGCACGUCUCCAUUAGAAUGGUUUUCUGGUGUUUUCCUUAGACCUUUACAUAUAGUGGUAGUGCAUAAACUGUAAGCAAGCAUCCUAAUGAAACUGUAUGUUUCCUAUCCCUGCAGUAACCAGACAGCAUGGAGGAAGGCCAACCUGGCCAGUAAACUGUCCCUAGACAAUCUGGAGAAGGAAUCUCUUCUCUAUGGAGGAGAUAGUGAACUUAGACAAAGGUAAACAGAUACCUGCUGUUUCUAGAUACUCUGCUGUAGUGUUUCACUGUGUGUUUAUACUUUCUGUCUUAUUGUUGUCUGUUACUCUGAAGAUUUAGAAUGUCUUUGUUAUUUUUUCCUCCAAUCAGGAAGGUUACCAAAGAGGGGCUGGCCCAGACGUCCAGUGACAUCACUGAGAGCCUGAUGAGCAUCAGCCGGAUGAUGUCACAGCAGGUGACACAGAGCGAGGAAACCAUGACGACGCUGGGUGAGUGGCGCCUCCUAGAGUACAGAGUGUGAAUCAUAUCGGUGUCUGUGUUUCUGAGAUGACAGUAGUGUUUAUAAUUUCGGUCCCUAAGCCCGUCCCCUAGCUCCAUUUCCCUUCAGUGUUUGCAAAUCUGAAAUAACUAGAUGAGUGAGAUGUAGUGGUAAAAAUAUAAAAAGUGGGUAAAUGCUGAUCGCCUUUCACAAUGAAUAAAGUAAUGCUCCCUAUAUUUACAAUGCACUUUUUUGCAAUAGGUGCGUAAACGUUUGAGCAACAUAAAAAAGGUGCGUAAAUGCCGUUUGCGUGUGUUUAUCUUCCACUGCACCACUGGUGAGAACAAUAUGGAGAUGGUUCCACCAUUUCGUAUGUAUAUACUAUAUUCUACUGUAUUUUAGUCAAUGCCACUCCGACAUUGCUCGUCCUAAUAUUUAUGUUUCUUAAUUCCAUUAUUUUAGAUUUGUAUGUAUUGUUGUGAAUUGUUAGAUACUGCUGCACUGUUGGAGCUAGGAACACAAUAACCCUCAAUAACAUCUGCUAAAUAUGUGUAUGUUUAUGUGACCAAUAAAAUUUGAUUUGAUUUUGAUUUGGAAAGCCAUCAAAUUGGAGCACCCAAGGACUGUUUCUCAGUUGCUUUAUUCAAAUAAAAACAUACAGUGCCUUCGGAAAGUAUUCAGACCCCUUUACUUUUUUCUCAUUUUGUUACGUUACACCCUUAUUGUAAAAUGGAUUAAAUAAAUACAAAUCCUCAGCAAUCUACACACAAUACCCCAUAAUGACAAAGCAAAAACAGGUUUUUAGACAUUUUUAGAAAUGUACUACAAAUAAAAAACGGAAAUACCUUGUUUUACAUAAGUAUUCAGCCACUUUGCUUUGAGACUCAAAAUUGAGCUCAGGUGCAUCCUGUUUCCGUUGAUCAUUCUUGAGAUGUUUCUACAACUUCAUUGGACUCCACCUGUGGUAAAUUCAAUUGAUUGGACAUGUUUUGGAAAUACACACACCUGUCUAUAUAAGGUCCCACAGAUGACAGUGCAUGUCAGAGCAAAAACCAAGCCAUGAGGUCGAAGGAAUUGUCCGUAGAGCUCCAAGACAGGAUUGUGUCGAGGCACAGAUCUGGGGAAGGGUACCAAAACAUUUCUGCAGCAUUGAAGGUCCCCAAGAACACAGUGGCCUCCAUCAUUCUUAAAUGGAAGAUAUUUGGAACCACCAAGACCCUUCCUAGAGCUGGCCGCCCGGCCAAACUGAGUAAUCGGGGGAGAAGGGCCUUGGUCAGGGAGGUGACCAAGAACCUGAUGGUCACGCUGACAGAGCUCUAGAUUUCCUCUGUGGAGAUGGGAGAACCUUCCAGAAGGACAACCAUCUCUGCAGCACUCCACCAAUAAGGCCUUUAUUGUAGAGUGGCCAGACGGAAGCCACUCCUCAGUAAAAGGCACAUGACAGCCCGCUUUGGAGUUUGCCAAUAGGCACCCAAAGACUCUCAGACCAUGAGAAAUAAGAUUAUCUGCUCUGAUGAAACCAAGAUUGAACUCUUUGGCCUGAAUGCCAAGCGUCACGUCUGGAGGAAACCUGGCACCAUCCCUACGGUGAAGCAUGGUGGUGGCCGCAUCAUGCUGUAGGGAUGUUUUUCAGUGGCAGGGACUGGGAGACUAGUCAGGAUCGAGGAAAAGAUGAACGGAGCAAAGUACAGAGAGAUCCUUGAUUUAAAAAAAUACCUGCUCCAGAGUGCUCAGGACCUCAGACUGGGGCGAAGGUUCACCUUCCAACAGGACAAUGACCCUAAGCACACAGCCAAGACAACGCAGGAGUGGCUUUGGGACAAGUCUCUGAAUGUCCUUGAGUGGCCCAGCUAGAGCCCGGACUUGAAGCCGAUCAAACAUCUCUGGAGAGACCUGAAAAUAGCUGUGCAGCGACGCUCCCCAUCCAACCUGACAGAGCUUGAGAGGAACUGUAGAGAAGAAUGGGAGAAACUCCCCAAAUACAGGUGUGCCAAGCUUGUAGCGUCAUAUCCAAGAAGACUCGAUGCUGUAAUCGCUGCCAAAGGUGCUUCAACAAAGUACUGUGUAAAGGGUCUGAAUACUUAUGUAAAUUUGAUAUUUCUGUUUUUUAUUUCUAAUAAAUUAGCAAACAUUUCUACAAACCUGUUUUUGCUUUGUCAUUAUGGGGCAUUAUUGUGUGUAGAUUGAUGAGGGAAAAUAACAAUUUAAUCAAUUUUAGAAUGAGGCUGUAACGUAACAAAAUGUGGAAAAAGUCAAGGGGUCUGAAUACUUUCCGAAGGCACUGUAAGCAGCUGACACAUUUCAACAGUCGACUAUUUGAUAUGUCCAGACACAAAGUAUUUGCCAAAGCCUAGUGUGGACUCUCUUCUCCGUAGCAACCUCGUCUCAGGCGGUCGUGGAGACCAACGAUGAGUUUAAGGCCAUGACCGGAACCAUCCAGCUGGGGAGAAAACUCAUCACUAAGUACAACCGCAGGGAGCUCACUGACAAACUGCUCAUCUUCCUCGCACUCGCACUCUUCCUCGCCACGGUCUUCUACAUCCUCAAGAAGAGAUUCUUCUUCUUCCUCUAG